GUGCUUUUUUAGUCUUCCGCGUAGUCCUUUUGAGUCAUGUUGUUUGUUAUCCUGUUUUUUUAAGUUACACAAAGACAAGAGACCGUGCAAAAAGAAAAACAUACACACACAAACAUACAAUUCUCCAUUAAGUUUUUCAUAAACCAAAUAAAUGAAAUUUAAUUUGUUGGCAAUUGUUAAAAACAAAGAAAAUAAUAAAUGAUGAAAUGAAAUUUGCAAAAACAACUAUAAAAAUGCAAAAAUAUUAAAUAUAAAGAAAAAAUAAUAACAAUUGUUAAUGUUAAAACAAGAAAAUAAUUCUGUAAUGUGUGCCUUUAACUAACUGAAACCAAAAAAAAAAUAUUAAACAAAAAUUGUCUGGAACAGUUUGUUUUUUCGACUUAAUUUUGUUACUUUAACUUGUUUGUUGUCUCUAGCAAACAAAAAGUUACGAAAUCAAUGGGAAUUUUUUAUUUCAAUUUACAGCUAAAAUAAAACUUUUACCUUUCCUCCCAUAAAAUAAUUUACAAUAAACACAGUCGUUUGAACAAAAACAACAAAAAAAUCCCUACAAAAAAUAAUAAACAUUUUUCUAUGGUAUACAGUACAAAUAAUAUCAACAUUUUUCACAAGAAUACAACAAAAUAAUAAUAAAAUAAAAUUUCAUCAAAUCAUAAGCACAAAAAAAAGUAACAAACAAUAGAAGAAGGACAACAGCACAGUAGAAGCGGCAAUAACAACAACAAAAGAAACAAAACAACAGGAAACAAGAAAAAUAUUAACGCGACAGGAGUACUUAGAAUUUUUCUAGCUAUAUAUGUAAUAAAAAAUACGAAAAUUUUAAGCAUGUUUAUGAAAUGAAAAAAAAACAACGUCAUCAUCAACAUCACCACAUCAACAUCAUCAUCUUUCUCCAACUCUGCCUGCUCAUUAGCAACUACUGCAGCAAGUAAUUUUGAAUAAAAGUGGACUUGCAGCAAUACCAUGAAUAGCAAUAAUUUACAACAAUGGUGGGAGAAUACAUAUCGUCAUCAUUUGACCAAACAACAGCAACAGCAGGUCGUCAACUUUGAUUCAGGUCUCACGGUACAGGAGACCAGCAAUAGUAGAGAACUUUUAAAUUUGGCUGCUUUGCAGCAAAGUCUGGAUGAAAGCAAUAUUUCCGAGGGUCUUAGUACUGGCACUGCUGAAGCCAGUAUUGGUGUUUUAGAUUAUGAUCAUUUUGGCAAUUUAACUUAUGUUAAUCCCUACGAUGGUGAUCGUGAUGAACAUGCAAUACCCUCACUAACCCUACUCUUUAUGGCCAUUUCUUAUGGAUUGGUAGUAUUUGGUGGUGUUUUGGGAAAUGCUACUCUCUUGCUAACACUAUGUUCGGCUUCAUCGGUAAGAUUACGAAAUCCUUUGCUAUUAGCUGUUUGUAUUGCAGAUCUGCUGGUGACGGGUAUAUCAGCACCGGUUACUCUUCUAAACUUAGCCAUGAACCGAAAAACGAAAACUUUACCUCUGGAACUGUGUAAAGUGAUUGAUUUUAUACAGGCUACGCCAGUUGCCGCCAGUACAUUAUCAUUCUUUUUACUAUCGCUGGAUCGUUAUGCCACCGUAAAACAUCCGCGUUUAGCACAACUACGUCAACGCCGCUAUUUACAUGUUUCCUUGGCAGUAUUCUCAUGGUUGACAUCAGCCAUUGUCAGUGUUCCGUUUUUGUUUAUCUAUAAAAUUGUGGCGAGAACAGUUGUUAUGAAAAAUUCCACCAUCAAAACAUCUCCACCGACAUCUUUACCGACAACAUCGUUAAUGGCAGCUACCACCACGCUCACACCUUCCGCCGAUUUUCCCAACGUUAGCAUAAGUUGCCACUCGGAUCCGGGUGCCAAUCCUGUAUUUGUUGUAUUCAUUUUAAUACACACAUUUAUUGUUUUCAUUUUACCUGGUUUGGGUGUUCUCCUCAAUCAUUACGGGGUACGACGGAAAUUGUGCGCUCUCUCGUUGACAGCACGUGCCGCUCAUGGCGAACUACCACUUCCGAUGCCAAUUUUACGUCGUCAAACGCAUAUGGUGAUUGUGACGGGUAUUGCAAAUGCCCAUCAGGCAGGCUGUGGUGGUGCAACGGAUGACACCUCCAAUGGUGGCGAUAUACAAAUGCAGAAUUUAAAUCCAAGAAGUGCUGCACAUAGUAAUCGUAAUGUUAUUUUAUCGAAAAAUCCCAUAUCACCAAGAGCAAUGCGUGAAAUACGCGAACAUUCCCAACGACAACGUAUGGCUCGCGCAGCACAGCGUGGCCGAAGAGUCGCCACACCCGGCAUACCGUUACCGCAAACCUCAACAUUACGAUCACGUAGACAUCUAGCUAAUAUGCUUAUAGGUUCGGCUAUUAUAUUCAUAGCAUGUUGGGCACCUCAUGUAUUCUGUGUCCUUUAUAAAAUAAUGGGUUACAAAGAGUACUGCAAAAAAUCAUCAAGAUAUUUUAAUUUAUUAUUGGGUUACAUGUAUUCAGCUUUAAGUCCCAUCAUUUAUUGGGCCCUCAAUCAUAAUAGCUUGCGACAAUCGCCCUGUGCUCCCAUAAUACGUUUACGUUCAAUGCAAAAAUUCUUACGUACACGUUUUCGUUCAAAUCCCGUACCGCCAGCACCCUCAUCAACAAAUGAAGCCCAACUGGGGGCUUUCAAUCCGAAAUUAAUAAAAUUAACACCAAAACAAUAUAGAGCUCAGGCUUCAUCGCAUUAUUUGUAUUGAAAUGGUUUGACCAUAUAUGUAUAUGUAGUAUAAUAUAUUCUUCUUAAAAUGUCUUCGUAAAAUAGACUACUUUCCACAAUGUCUGUAAACCAAAAAAAAAUUUUAUUCCUAUCUCUGAACCAUAAUAUUUUCCCGGCUACUUAUUAAGUUGUUAACAAGAUACCCGACAAUUAUAUAGAGGAAUCAUUAUCUUUUCAUUUUCUUUUACAAAAUGGUUCAGUAAAAAGUGUCUUGAAAAUUUUGUAUAUAAACCUAGUUAAUUUCUUUCUAAUCUGUAUAUAUACUAUAUACUUUAACUAUAUAAGUAUUAAUGUAAAAAUAAUCAAUAUUUACGAAAUUUCUAUAAAAUCUAAACUUUUUCUAUAAGUAAACAAAAUGAAAACUUAAAUUAUUUCUUAAACUUUCUACUUUUCUCUACAAAAAUGCUAAAAUUAGAUUUAAUACGGAUCGACAUUAUAUGAACUUAAUUUCAAAACUAAUUAUAGCCUAUUUACAUUAAUUAAAUAUUGAAAAAAUAUUU